AUGGAGAUUGUUACAGAGUCAUCAGUAUCCCACCAGGAGAAACUGUGGGGGCCUGUCCGUCGGCGAUGCAGCUUGUUCAACGAUAAGAUGAUCAAGUUUGGAAAAGGGAUGGUGAAGAUUGGGAAAGAUGAUCCUAGAAAGGUCUUUCACUCCCUUAAAGUUGGACUCUCACUCACUUUGGUUUCCUUACUAUACUACGCUAGGCCGCUGUAUGAUGGUUUCGGGGCUGCUGGGAUGUGGGCUGUGCUUACAGUUGUGGUGAUCUCUGAGUUCACAGUUGGUGGGACUUUGUGCAAAGGGUUGAACAGAGGUUUUGCAACACUAUCUGCUGGUGCUCUAGGACUUGGAGCUCAGCACUUGGCUGCUCUAUUUGGAGACCAGGGAGAGCCCAUUGUGCUUGGAAUCCUUGUUUUUUUGUUAGCUUCAACCUCGACAUUCAUGCGAUUCUUUCCAAGGAUCAAGGCGAGAUACGACUAUGGAGUCAUGAUCUUCAUCCUGACAUUCGCCUUGGUAUCGGUAUCAGGUUACCGGGUUGACGAGCUUUUGACUUUGGCACAGCAGAGACUGACAACCAUCAUAAUAGGGGUGGCAACAUGCAUGGUUGUGUCCAUUUUCAUUUGCCCUGUAUGGGCUGGUGAAGAUCUUCACAACUUGGUUGCUUCUAAUAUCGAAAAGCUCGGAUGCUACCUCGAAGGAUUUCCAGUUGAGUAUUUCCAGUCCCCUGAAGAUGGAGAAAAUGAUGUUGCUGGCAAAGCCAAGCCAUGUCUCCAAGGAUACAAAAGUGUUCUCACUUCCAAGUCCACUGAAGAAACCCUGGCAAAUCUUGCAAGAUGGGAGCCGAGACACGGCCAGUUUAAAUUGAAGCAUCCAUGGAAUCAAUACUUGAAGACUGCAGCUUUGGCACGACAUUGUGCUUACCAGAUUGAAGCUCUUAAUGGCUACAUUCACUCUGGUUUCAAAGCGCCAAAAGAGUUCCAGAACAAGACAAAGGAAAUAUGCACAAGGAUGAGUGAAGAAUCAGGAAUGGCACUGAGAUCAUUGGCUACUUCUAUGAAAUCGAUGACUGAUCCUUCUCCAGCAGUUGUUCAUGUCGAGAGCUCAAAAUCUGCCAUGAAAGAGCUUAAACUAGUCCUGAAAUCUGUCUCAGUAAAUCAAGCAGAUAUCCUGGCCAUGAUACCAGCUGCAACCGUUGCAUCGAUACUAGUCGAGACAGUCAAGUCUGUAGAGAAGCUAACUGAAUCAGUUCAGGAACUUGCUAGUCUUGCCAGCUUCAAAAGCUUGAAGACAGCUACAGUGUCUCCAGAGAAACAGGCACCACAAUUGCUCCACCGUGGAAGUAUAAACCCGGUUUUGGAUGGCGUUGAUAGGGAUCAUGUUGUAAUAACUGUACUUGAAUGUCCUGCGGAAACUGAGAAGCCUCAGCCAGUAAAUGGUGAAGGUGUAAAACGUUCAGAAGUGAAUAUUUCUUGUAAACAAAUUUUGUCUGCUGAUUCUUUUUUUAGUCAGUGUAGGACGAGGGUUUAA